AGUGGAUAGAAUAUCGUGUGGGAGUUGUACUAAAAAAUUAUUAUUAAUGAUAAAUGACAAUAACAAUGAUCAUUUCUUAACAUCCCAGUAGAACACUUUACUAUUGAGAUGCAAUUGUAUGAUUUGAGAAUCACUAACUUCUGGUUUGACAAUAAAUAAACAAUACUAAAACAUAAUUAAAAUAAAUAAAAGUUAUUGUUGUAUAUUUGUCUUGUAGAACUUCUACAGUUAUUGUUGUAAUAAUCAUUAUUACGUUUCUAGAAAAUACUACAAAUCAGUGAUAUUUACUAAGGACUUAAUAAUGAUUAUUGUAAUAAUAUAUAACAAUAUAUUUUUAUACAGUGAUGUCUAUAGAUUAUCAUAACUUUCUGUAUCUGUAGUUAAUGUGAAGCUGUUUGGAGGAUAUCCAGUAUAUUUUAUCAAAAGUAACAGCUAUAAUUUUGAUAAUGAGGAUAAAGAAUAAUUAUACUAGUUGUACCAUAGUGUAUGUUUUGUUGUUAUUUCUAAUAAACAUAAUAAAUGAAACAGUUCCAAUGUUGUGAUAACACUUGGUAUUUAUGAUGAACACUAUAUAUUUUAGUGUUCUGUUUUGCAACAAUCCAUUAUUUAGGCUUCUUUAAUUGAACAAAAUUUUAAGUUGCUUUUACUUAAAUAAAAAAUUGAUAGAUCAAAAAAUACUUAAUAUAUAACAAAAAAAGAAAAUCACAUCAAGCGAUUACAGAUGGAAAAUGCUCAGUUUAGAGCUGGAGUUGAGGGAAAAGAAGCUGUGAUAUUAAAACAAAGAAAGGAAAUUAGGCAGUUUAAUGCAAGAUUACAGAGAUUAGAGAAAGAUUUACGAAUGAAAGAAGAAAUAAUUAAGAAACUAAAAAAUAGAGUUGAUUUUAAUAUUUCACAAACAGAGCAAGAAAAAUUAUCAACUAUUGGAACUAGAUGCUUAGAAGAGAGACAUCAACAAAGGUUAGAAGAAUUCCAAAAUAGAAUAAGUCAGAUAGAAGAUGGUCUUUAUUCUAUUGAUGAUUCCAAAGAAAAUUUUGAUAUGAAUAUUUUAAAUCCUUUAAAUGAAUGGAAGCACGAUAAUCAUUCCUUUAGCACUAGUAAUUUAGAAGUUAUUCAAGAGCAACCUUUUAAUGAAAUCUUUUUAUAUGAUACAAUUAAACAAUGUGAAGAAACUUAUUUGAAUCUUAUAAAUUCAUUAGCUCAUUCGCUUGGCAUAACAGAACUGGAAGGUGCGGUAUCUCUUGCAAUUGUUCCUCAUAUGGAAUGGAAUGUAUUAAUUAAAGAAAGGAAAAAAGAUCAUAAACGUUUUAUUAAUGCAAUUGAAGUACUCAAAACUCUUGCUCAGAAUGAACUUGUUGAUCAAGAAGAACAUUUUAGAAGCUUAGAAAAUCAACUACAUUCAGCUACUCAUGAAAUAAAUAGAUUAAAAGAAGAAAAUAAAUUGAAAAUGAGGGAAUUGAAAGAAGCUGAAAAAAUAUUGAAACUAACUCGUAGGAGUCUAGAAAGAGAAAGAUUGAUUAAUUUAGCCAUAAAGCAGAACAGAAAAAAGUUGGAACAGUUGACUGCUAAAAUAAUUUUACAGAAAGAAGAUGACAUGUUGAAAGUUGAAGAGAAAACUACUUCUUUUAAAUAGAAUAUUAAGAAGAAAAGAAAAGAAAUAAGUAA